GGGCAUUUCGGAAGUGACAAGCGAGGCAGAUUGAGUGUCUCAUGAAAACAAUUCUGUUUUCCGAGGGUAACAAACUAUCUCUGAAGUGUGAGCCACAACCACAUAAGCAGCCAUGCUGGACGGGGCUCAGUUUAUUGAGGCGUUGUCACGGUUGGGUUACCCACGGGCUUCAAUGCUGAAAUGUUCAGAGUUUGACUGGUUAUUUGACACAGCACCAGAUAACCUGCACCUUUUACGCAUUGUCUGCAACCGCCUGAAACGCUGCAAUGUUUUAGCACCAGAAGAAUUGCAAGCGUACAAGUCACUACAAGAGUCUGGGAAACCAAUUUUAGAUGAGGCCACACUGGCUGAGCUGCUUAAAACCUGUUUGCCCGCGGAUGGGGGUUUCGGGUCACAGAGCUGUUCUUCACUGGGGGGAGAAGGAACUGUUACAAUUGAGGAACUUGAGACAGAACUUCAAGCCCUCCGUAAGGAAAAGCAGCUAAAACAACGCAGACUCAACAAGCUGCAAAUGCAAGCAGCCAGCUGGGGUGCAAACUCCUCUCUGUCCCAAAUGCUGCUGCAGGAAGGAGACAAUAAAGUAAAGGAUGCCAACUCUGCCCUAGCAGCCGAAAAUGCAUACACCAAUUCAGCUCUAGACAACCUGUCAAAGGAGACCACCAAACUGGCUGGCUUUUUCCAAAGUGAUCUUUCUAAUUCCCUAAGGAGCAAAGAUGGUGCCUCUCCAUCUUUAGGUCUUCAAUCAGGGAGCCCAGUGCUCUUCUCUCAGUGUCCUCUAGAGCCUUUCCUCCAUCAACAGGAGCAAUUUACCAAAACUCUGGCUUCAUACACACAGCGUCAAUUCUUUCAGGGAAUCUCUGACUUAAUGGAGACCUCGACUUUCAGUCGCUCCCAGAUGACCAAUCUGAGCUGUUGCAGUGAGAAUGGGAAAGAGGUGGAUGAAGAACUAGUGGAGCUUAGGAAGAAGGAGAUGGCACAACUGCAGUGGGCAUUUAUAGUGGCUCAAUACCAGGUGGUGAAAGAGAAAGCUGAAGAGAAUGGUGACAAGACAGCAAAAGAGUGGCUUAUCCAGCGAUUGAACAGCAGCUCAGAGGCUGUGCACUACUCGCCGAUGAGCAGACUUGAGCCUGACCUACGCUCUGAGAUCACAUCAGUUCAGUUUGAAAUUCAAUCUCUUUUGUUAGACCCAGUCCGCUCUGCAUUACGAGACUGUGCACGUCUUCUUAACAUCCCUGUGGUGCGUGGUGAUCUCGCUCUUCAGGUAGCCAGGCAAAAUUACCUCGCUUCCAGACAGACUGAGGUUCGUGACCAGCUUCUCCAUCAAAAAGCCUUUUUUGAACUUUUACGUCUGGCCCAGGAUGCAGAGCUUCUGAGAGGAAAGAGGGUGAUGGGGCAAAUUAAUGACAUUGUGGAGAGGCUGGAGGGAGCAACACAAGAUGCUACUCAAAGAGAAAACACUUUGACACAAUCUCACUUGACUGAAGACCCCUUCCUUGGUGCUAAUGCUAAUCAACAGGUCAUCAGCUCCAAGGACACAGCCUUUACCAGGUUGCUCCAGAUGCUUGAGUUGGGAAAAGCAUCCACAAACAGAGAGGAUCCAUUUCAAACUUACAGUAAGCUGGAAACUGCAGCCUCCAAACUACAAGAGGAUUUGAUCACUGUACAAGAGGCUUUGGAUGGAGCAAGACAAGAGCAGGCUUAUACUGGAGCUCGAUUAGAACGUGACCGAGAUGCACUUGACCAAGUGGCGUACUCGGACAUUGUGCAGCCUCUCCUGAGGCCGCAGGAGCUCACAAUAGUUGUUGAUGAACUGGAGGUCAAGCAGAAGACCCUGUAUAUGCUUCUUCAGGAGAUAGUUGGGGACUUGAAAACCAAACGCGGAAGGCUUGAACGCAGUGCCACCCUGCGGAGAGAGAGGGAACUGUAUGUCUAUUUUCAUCUGGACCCAAGAUUACUCAACAGAGCAGUAAGAGAUAUAGAGGCUCAAGCAGGGGUUAUGUAGAAUCAAAUCUCAUUUCUCCACUCCAACCAACAUGUACAGCUUCCUGCACAAAUUAUAUAACUGAGAAAUCAAUGCCCUGUUGGUUAGGCCUCACCAUUGUUGCUUCUGUAGGUCUCGUAUGUAGAUCUGUAUUAUCUGCUGUUCUUUAGGUAUGUUAACAAAUUUGUAUUCAGUACCUAGAUUUACAUUAAUCUGCAAUUGUACUUUAACAGAUGUUCCAUAAUUUGUAUAAAUCAUGUUGUUAGUUUAUUUGGUGAUUAACAGAUGUAUCCUUGUUAAUAAAUAUUUGUUAUCUCAGCAA